CGAACAAAAUUAUGCUGAUAAAAAUCUGCCCGCUAAAUAGUUCUUAAAUGCUUCAAUAUCUAUUUCAUAAGCACACAAUUCAUUAUAAUUUUUGUGGAUUUUACUUUCUUGCCCAUAUUAACACAUUGUGUGUUGAUUUUAAAAAAGAAUAUCUGAAAUGAGACUGCAAUAUAAAUGUGGAGUAAAAACAUGACUAACUGGCCUAGGAAUGUAACUGCACCAGGAUUUUCUGAAUAAUUGAAAAUAUAAAUAGCAAGGCAUUUAUGUAGCUAAAUUUUUAUCCACAGGUGGGAAAGACUGUUUUUUCUGAAUGCAGCCUUCUAACAAAUGGUUUCUGUGUCCUAAAAAAAUACACAAUUGCAUAUAUUGACCUGCCUUCUAACACUACUAUUUUACUAUUUUUUUUUUACUUAAGAAACGUCAAAACAAGUAUGAUUGUGAAAACUAAAGGACACUCGGGGCAGAUGUGCAAAAACAAACAAACAAACAAACAAAAAAAAAUCCUUUCAAUGAAAGACUUCUCCGUUACAAGAACCUCGCUCCAAGUCGCCUGUUUUCAAAGUUUCUUUUACAAAUUGCCUCAACGUCAAAAGUGACAAUUUAAUUAAUUCGUAUUUAAACCUUUUCAGGCUACAAGUAAUUCAUUAUGAUAUGCAAAUAUACAAUGCCUUUUAUGAAAAACACUGGUUGACAAAACAAUUCCUGCCUUUUAUAAUCAAACAAUGUUUCAGCCAUAUAGAUUUUUUUAACCUACAAUAUGAGUUCCAUUUCAAAUUACUUAAAAUACUGAUUGCAACGAUCAAUUAUUUACAAAGGGUUUCGGUGGUGAUCAUAUCUGGCAAGUGUUUGGCCUACCAUGCAUGAAAAAGCACUUCGUACACAUGCAAACGAAUAAAUAAAAAGUAAUGGAAAAUAUUUAUUUCUCGGUUGUUACUUAGAAACUCUCCUCCGGUUACCUUUCUCGCUUUUAUUCCAUAACAAACGGAUUUUAUUUGCGCUUCGUACUACAGUAGACAAAUUGAUUCAUGCAGUUUCAAUCAGUGUUUCGUAGAGCUUCCUGUUUUACGAGUCCCUUCGUCAGCAGGGAUACUUUUUAUGGUACAACACCAAAUCUCGCGCAUGCGCAGAGGUCUUAUCUCGUCCACAUUCGCGCUUAUCUGUCAGGUGGGCGUGUUUUAGCGCUGCCAUUGGACAAACGCGGUUCCUCUUCCUCUGGUUUCUUGCUUUCUUUUCUUACGCCCAGCCUCUGAAUAAUGAUAAUAAUGAUCAAGAUGGCUACUUCAAAAUUCUCCUUACGGUAGCUAAACACAAAUGUUUAUGAAAAGACGCAAAACUGGAAUUUUCUAACCUUUUAGAACCUCGUAGGUGACGGGGCCAGUGGCAGAAAUUGUACUAUAUGGAUUAAAACGGGUCGCGAGGAGAUAGAAGCCGUUGUGUUGCCUGCAGGACUCAUUCUAAGCGAGCUAACUAGCAGAGCAACGAGCUAGCUGUCGAUUUAUUUCCGAGCAGCUGCCGCUCACAGGAGCGCCGCUCAAAUGGCAGAGCCGAGGAAAGUGCCCUUCGUCACCAUCUCCUCCUUAGGCAGCUCGCCGCAGACCCCGGAGCCCGGAAAGAAGCGCCGCCGCGAGGACGAGGCCGUCGACAUCACUUUCGGGAAAGAUGGAGGUGGAGGUGCCGCGGCGGUUGGCGGAUUAGGGGGUGGCGGAGGAGGGCUGUUCGGGAAGGAAGGCGACGCCAACAACACCGGGGAGGAGAAGCCCACCGUCCGGCUGAGGCUCACGCUGACCGAGCCGAAUGACCGAGGGUCGUCAGAGUUCAAUUACAGCGAGCUGGUCCAGACAACAAAAACUUCUACUACUUCUUCUUCAUCAUCAUCUCAGGUAAAGCUUCCAGGAGCCACAGUACCUAAAGGUCUAGCUCCUCCUCUGGACCCCAGCGACCCCUUUGCUGAUGAUGAAAAGGAGAGACGGGAGGUCGAAGAGCUGGCCAGGAAGUUUGAGAACAAAUAUAGUGUCGGCUCUAAACAUUCAUCGACCAGAAAAGAAAAAGAGGAAGAAGCUGAUGAAGGACUCGCUGCACCUCGCCAACAUGAUUCGCCGCUUCACACGGGAGAAGGAGGAGAUGCGCAAGAAGAACCUGCUCGCCACUGGCGGUCAGCCUCGACCCACCGCCAAGGUGCCCAGCACCAACAUCGUGCUCGUCAGCGCCCACCCCAAGGUGGGCAGCGGCAGCGAGAACGUGGUGGCGGAUCUGACCGCGGACCAGGCCGUGCUGUCGCUGCUGGGCUCUGCCAACAACGACAUGCUGCAGGACAUGAUGGGCGACCUAGACUUCGCCAUGCUGGACUCGCCGCAGCCCGGCAGUCCGGGGCAGGGAGAGAACGGGUCGUUUGGACAGAAAACUGGUGGAGGUCGAGUGUCUCAAGGCAGCAUGAUGGCCCCUCCUCCUCCUCUCCCCGGUGGUCUGCCAGGACCACUCUCAAAGCGCAUCGAAGACCUGAGAGCGGCGUCCCGUCUGUUCGAUGAAGAGGGCAGGAAGAAGUUCUUCACACUGGACAUGAACAACAUCCUACUGGACAUCGAGCUGCAGGUUCAGGAGCAGCCGACAGAGGUGCGUUCAGCCGUCUACUCCCACUUGGAGGCCUUUGUGCCCUGCAAUAAAGAAACUCUGCUCAAACGCCUCAAGAAGCUCAGCCUCAACGUACAGGACGACCGACUCCGAACGCCGCUGCUGAAGUUGAAGCUGGCUGUGUGCGACGUGAUGCCAGAGCAGAUCGCUCGCUACAACAUGGACUGCAUCGCCAAAGUGGCAAAGCAGCAGUCAGAGGAAGGAGACAAAAAUGGGUCAGAAGAUGACGACGAGGAGAAACCAGGGAAGAGGGUGAUGGGGCCUCGAAAGAAAUUUGUGUGGGACGACAAACUCAGGUCAUUGCUGUGUAAUCUGGUGCAGGUGAAGCUGGGCUGCUAUGAGCUGGAGGGCAAGAACCUGAUGUCUCUAGAAGACUACCUGAAAGCCUUCAUGGAGACUGAAGUGAAACCUCUGUGGCCGAAGGGCUGGAUGCAGGCCAGAAUGUUGUUCAAAGAGAGCAUCGUGGUUCAUGGUCAUCUAACAGGCUACACAGCAAGAAAAAAGAUACUUCCAUCACCAAAACCCAAGCCAAAGGAGAUGGCAUGGGUUCAGCGACCAGCGCCAUCAGCAGGUGCCGCCCCCUCCCCUGCUGCUCCAAUUGCCAAGCGACCUCCUCAGUCACCGCCAGAGCCCAUAUGUCUGGACUCCCUCGAUGACUCCGCCUCCCUCGACUCCAUCUCUCAGGCUCUGGCCAUCCUUGGCAACGCAGCCAAGGGCCUGGCUCAGGGGGACAGCCCCCCGUCCCCAGACAGACCCAAGGCCGCGGCGAACCCCGCCGGCCUCCAGUCCUCACCUCUCGUCCCGCAGCAGAAAAAGAACUCUGUCAGCACUCCCACCUCCAACACACCUCACUACAUCACUACCUCUGCGUCCAACUCCCCGGCUCUGUCCCGGACAGUCCCCAACACGUCCUCCUCCCCGGCUCUGUCCCGGACCGUCCCCAACACGUCCUCCUCCCUGGCUCUGUCCCGGACCAUCCCCAACACGUCCUCC